AUGUCGCCCUCCGUAGCCAGCCAGGACCUACGCCGUCGAAGGUCGAAGCAAGUCCUCGUCGCCACCGACCGCCACGACCCUCUCACUGCCGCCCUCCAACCACCCGCCAACGAAACCCCAGCCGAAAAACAAACCCGCAUCCAGCAAGAAAAGCAAGCCAAACAGCGGUCCGAUGAGAUCGACAGGCUGCUCAAACAGCAGCAAGACGAUGCCUCCCGCAACAACGCUGCGCUGCCCUCGUCGCUCUCGGAGGCCGGUACAGGCAGCAGCAGCUCGAAGAAGGGACGCGUGUAUAAGAUGGUGCUGCUCGGCCAAGCGGGUGCGGGGAAGACGACUGUUCUCAAACAGAUGAGGUUGCUGUACGAUCCUCAGGCACAUGAGAAGGAGCGGAGGGGGUGGGCCAAGAUUGUUCUGUUGAACUUGACGGGGAGUGUGAGGGUGCUAUUGGAGACGUUGGCGUUGUAUCAUGAUCAGAGGCUGAAGCGCAAGUCGAGCGAGAUGUCUCGGUUUGAGGCCUCGACGCCGGAAGCGGCGGCUUUUGCGACUCAGGGCGACGAUGUGGAGCAGGAUGCAGAUGGGAAACGACGCUCGAGCGAGGCUCUGGAGCAGGGGCCGUUGAGCGAGGUCAACAUCGCCACUUCGACUUCGACCACAAGCAUGCCGUGGACUGCGCAUCUUCCGAACAUUGUGCGACUGGAGAACAGACUUCGCAACGAGCUGGGUGCGUUUGGAGAAGAUGUGGUAGUGUCUGGGUCGAGCGGUAUCCUAGCACGCACGACCAGCGGCAGCAGCCAAGGGAAAGAAGCUCUCACGAAGAGCAGCAGCGAUCGGAGCCCCUUGCUUCUGCGACCGGGUUGGCAAGAGCGCCUGUUCACGUACGCGCGUCGGUCGUUCUCUAUCGGCGCCACCCGCACUCCGCAUGCUGGACGAGGUGCAGGCGGGCAGGACGACAGCGCGGACGGCGCUGAGGGCGAUGACGAGAACGGCGAAACACUCAAGCUUCUCCGGGCGGUGCAGUCAGAAGUGCUAGGCGUGUGGAACGACGAUGCGCAGUGUCGAGCGCUGCGCAAGCGGGGGAUGUUUUUGGACGGACAGGCGGAUGCGGCGACUUCGUUCUUCCUGGACAACUACACACGCAUUGUGUCGGCGGGAUACAAGCCAACCGACGAAGAUAUCCUGCACUCGCGCGUGCGCACGCUCGGCGUGACCGAGGACGUGUUCCGCGUCGACCGCUCGCUCGUCUACCGCAUCUACGACGUCGGCGGCUCGCGCUCUCAGCGCACCGCCUGGGCUCCCUUCCUAGACGACGUCGAGUCGAUCAUCUUCCUCGCGCCACUCUCGGCGUUCGACCAGCCGCUCGUCGAAGACCCGGCUACCAACCGUCUCGCCGACACGUUUACUCUGUUCAACCAGAUCGUCUCCAACCCGCUGCUCCAGCAUGCGACCAUGAUUCUGUUUUUAAACAAGAUCGAUCUGCUGGAGAAGAAGUUGCGACAGGGCGUGCGGCUGCAGCGGUAUUGGCCGGAGUAUGUGGGGGACAAUGAUUUCGAAGCGGUGUGGCGGUGGUUUAGGGCCAAGUUUCGGGAUUGUUUGAGGAGGGCCGAGGAGGAGGUAGGGGUGGGCGGGGACAGGAAGAGGAGGCUGUAUGUGCAUACGACGGUCGCCACGAGCACGGUGCAGAUUAGGGCAAUCCUGAUGAGUGUCAAGGAUUCGAUUUUGCGGGAGAAUCUUAGGGUGACCGGGUUGGUGGGGUAG